GGGUGUGUGCGCGCUCGGAGGUUUCGGGCCAGCCACCGCCGCGCUAGCUAGAAGCGCCCCAGCCCGGCAAGCUGGCUCACCCGCUGGCCACCCAGCACAGCCCGCUGGCCCCACUCCUGCAGCCCAUCUGGAGGAGCGGCGGCGGCGGCGGCGGCGGCGGCAGGAGAAUGGCAUCAGAACUGGCAAUGAGCAACUCCGACCUGCCCACCAGUCCCCUGGCCAUGGAAUAUGUUAAUGACUUCGAUCUGAUGAAGUUUGAAGUGAAAAAGGAACCGGUGGAGACCGACCGCAUCAUCAGCCAGUGCGGCCGUCUCAUCGCCGGGGGCUCCCUGUCUUCCACCCCCAUGAGCACGCCGUGCAGCUCGGUGCCCCCUUCCCCCAGCUUCUCGGCGCCCAGCCCGGGCUCGGGCAGCGAGCAGAAGGCGCACCUGGAAGACUACUACUGGAUGACCGGCUACCCGCAGCAGCUGAACCCCGAGGCGCUGGGCUUCAGCCCCGAGGACGCGGUCGAGGCGCUCAUCAGCAACAGCCACCAGCUCCAGGGCGGCUUCGAUGGCUACGCGCGCGGGGCGCAGCAGCUGGCCGCGGCGGCCGGGGCCGGCGCCGGCGCGUCCCUGGGCGGCAGCGGCGAGGAGAUGGGCCCCGCCGCCGCCGUGGUGUCCGCCGUGAUCGCCGCGGCCGCCGCGCAGAGUGGCGCGGGCCCGCACUACCACCACCACCACCACCACGCCGCCGGUCACCACCACCACCCGACGGCCGGCGCGCCCGGCGCCGCGGGCAGCGCGUCCGCCUCGGCCGGUGGCGCGGGGGGCGCGGGCGGCGGUGGCCCGGCCAGCACUGGGGGCGGCGGCGGCGGCGGCGGCGGCGGCGGGGGCGCGGCGGGGGCGGGGGGCGCCCUGCACCCGCACCACGCCGCCGGCGGCCUGCACUUCGACGACCGCUUCUCCGACGAGCAGCUGGUGACCAUGUCGGUGCGCGAGCUGAACCGGCAGCUGCGCGGGGUCAGCAAGGAGGAGGUGAUCCGGCUGAAGCAGAAGAGGCGGACCCUGAAAAACCGCGGCUAUGCCCAGUCCUGCCGCUUCAAGAGGGUGCAGCAGAGACACGUCCUGGAGUCCGAGAAGAACCAGCUGCUGCAGCAGGUCGACCACCUCAAGCAGGAGAUCUCCAGGCUGGUGCGCGAAAGGGACGCGUACAAGGAGAAAUACGAGAAGUUGGUGAGCAGCGGCUUCCGAGAAAACGGCUCGAGCAGCGACAACCCGUCCUCUCCCGAGUUUUUCAUAACUGAGCCCACUCGCAAGUUGGAGCCAUCAGUGGGAUACGCUACAUUUUGGAAGCCCCAGCAACGUGUACCAGUGUGUUCACGAAACGAAAUUUAUGGGAGAGCUGUACAUUAAAAACAUCAUUAUUAUUAUUAUUGGCAGUCAUGAAGAGCAACCCCACCAUGACUUCUGUUUAGGCUCCUUUUUAAAGAAAAGUUAUUGUGUUAGAGAAGACGGCUAUUAAAUUUGUAACUCCAUACUAAUUAGCUAUGCCUCUUGUCUGAGGGCCUUAAAUACAGACCCAUAGAAAACUGCACUAGUGCUUCUCAAUUUACGAAGCACACAACUGAACAGGUAUGAUUGUUUUCAACCCGUAAUACUAGUUUUAAAAGUCCACUAAAAUGGAAAAGAUAUAUACAGUACAUAUGUAUACACACACACACACAAAUAUAUGAAGACAAGUUUCCCAGAAGGUAACAACUAGUAUUUUAAAAGCAUAUACAGUCAUGCACACUCUCAGCAGUAGUUUUUCAUACUUCAUUGUUUUUCUGGCAGAUAAUUCUAUUAAAAAAAAAAAAUUUGAUUCCUCUUCCCCAAACAAGGUGUAAUUGGCAGAAUCUUUAGGGGAGAGCACCCUGGUUUUCUCGUAGGCCCUAUAUAGCAUUGUAUUUAUC